UCAAUGUAUUAGUAUUCCUCAGUGGGCAUGCGGUGAGUUAAGCUGGUUUGGCUGUAGAUAAGCUCGGUGUAAAAUGACUUUUUGCCAUUAAAUCAUUUUUUCUCUUAGCCUCUACCCGCGGUAGUCGAAUUUGUUUCACCGCUGAAGCUCCUAAACCUUCUGCAACACACAUAAUAUUACAAUUUGAUCGGUUUGCCGUCAACCAUAACAGGACUCAAGAGGCAUGCCUUCAGUUGUGUCUGAGCUGUGCUAAACUGUAGUUCAUGGCGCAGUAUCUGUAUGAUAGUAUUCAUACCAAAUCAUUCACACCACAGGAGUUUCAGGUUGAAUUGCUCAAUGCCGCAAAAAAGAGGAACAUCAUUGCCUGUCUGGGACAGCAAUCCAGCAAAUCUUUUGUCGCACUCAAGCUUAUUCAGGAAUCCGCUAUCAAUGUUCGCCGAUGCAGUCAAAGGGAGAGGAAAUACAUAUUCUAUGUAUUGGAAAAGAAAGAAGAUAUCUUGAUUCAUUACUCCCGCUUGAUACAUUUGACUGAUCUGAAUUGUGUAGAAUUUUUAAAUCCUGAGUCUGCCCGGGAUGACUUAUUGUCCGCAAAGAAUCAUGCUAACGUCUUGAUUAUGACUUAUGAAACGUUAUUCAAGUUGGUUUGCACACACUCUGUUGUCUCAGCGAAGGAUAUACAUUUGUUGAUUUUGGACGAAUGCCAUUUAGCCAUCGAGCCGAAGCACUUUCUCAGUCGGACUAUGCCAUACUUACUGAAGAGUCCUGUAGACCUAGAUCGCAUCCUCGGGUUGACAUCACCGUUAUUCCUUUCUGGAGCUGUUCAUCCUGGAAAAGUGGAAGCCCAGGUGAAGCGUUUGGAAAAAAUAAUCCAUGCCAAAGCAGAAACUGCCUCAGAGAUUGUCUCAGCUCUUAGAUAUUGCCCCAAACCAAGGAAACUAAUCAUUGAAUGUGCUUCCAUGAAAAUUGUUCCUGAAAAAGAUUCAACUGUGGAUAAAAUAGUCAACGACUCUGCUGAACUUCUUGCAUUCCUUGAAGACCACAGAUAUGAUCCAGCCGAAAUUUAUGAUGAAGAAUUUCUUGACGAAAUAAAGGACAUUCCCGAUCCAAAAUCUGAUCCUAUUCAAAUCGUCAAUGAUUUCCUAGAAAUACUUCACACUUUAGGUCUGUGGUGUGCAGAUAAAGCUGCCCUCCUACUAUAUUUUAGGAUAGAAAAAUUGAAGGUGAAAACUCCCUAUGAACGGCACUAUCUUUUACUCUGCCUCGUCAGUUCCCUCAUGUUGAAAGUCAGAGCUUUACUGCAAGAAGCAUUCGAGUCCACUUCAGAGAAGGAGCGCAUUUUCAAACACUCAUCAAAUAAAAUCCUUAGAUUAAUAGAGAUAAUUAGUCAGUACAAACCAAUGAAGUCAAAAGCUGAGUUAGAGGAAGAAUUUAGUAAAUUAGAGGGUAUCUCUGAUUCGCAACUAAAUACUGGGCGCAUUGAAGAGACCAGUGAGGAAGAGGAGAAAAAUGAAAAGCAGGAAACAAUAAUGAAUGAUAUUUGUAGUAACUUAAAAACCCCGAGCCAAGACUGUUGUGGCUCAGACGUGAAAGAAAGUAGUGGUAUAUCCAACCUGGAAAUGGAUACUUCAAAUAAUUGUUCCAAAACCGUAAACGUAUUUUCCAAACAACAUGAUGCUAAUUUUAGUGAAGAAGCUUUAGAAUUGUAUUUUAAGAUGAAGUCUGAUAACAGUUCCAUAUCGAAUAAUCUCAAGCAUGAUAAUAUUUUAGACAGUGAAAAUGAAGUUUUUCCUAAAAGAACUAUCUUUAAUCAAAUUUUAAAUAGUGAAACAAAUACUAAUUUAUCAUGUUCACCAAUAAGUGAUUUUAUCAAAAAUCAAAACAAAAGUGUAAAUAUUUAUGAAAGUAAGCUUUGUGACAAUAGAACUUGUUUCUCCGAUUGUGAUAAAAAUGACUGGAACUUUUACCAAAGUUACGAUCCAUCAUAUAUCAAAGAAUCAUCGAGUGAUGAGGAGAAGCUUGGUGAAAUUACAUUUCCCACUCAUAAUUUGCAGUUGAUAAAAUCAUCGCCAGAAAAGUUUUCUCUCACUGGUUGUGAAGUAUGGAAGCAAAAUAAGGAAAUUUCUAACCACAUUGUUGUAGCCAAAGAUUCAAAUUGUGUAUCCUUCUCAGACACUUCCAAACAGUGGUCUGAUGAUGGAGAUUCCAACUCAAGUGUUGCAUCGAUCAGGGAAAUGAAGUUCCAAGACCAACCCAAACCUGAAGCUCAUGGGAAUGUAUCACUAAUUGACAAUGAAAGAAAAUGUGUCGCUCAGCUUGAAAAUAAUAGUGAAAGGAUUGAGGCCUCAUCAAAAAUGUGGAAUGAUAAAUGCAUGGAUAGUGUCGUAUCAUCAGUAAAUAAUGAUUUAAGUAUGAUGUCUUUUUCAAAUUUAUCUGUGAUAAACGGUAGAGAUAAUAAUGAUGAACCAACUCUUACAUUUAAUGAAAACCUACCACCGACUGUUACUGCCUGUGAUAAUAAAUCCUUAACCACUAGCUUAAGUAGUUAUAAUUCAAAUCUUACUUAUAAUCAAAAUUCGAAAUUGUUGAACAGGAGGAAAAAUUGGAGGCAUGACCCGAAUGCCCCACAAAGACUCACAACCUAUAAGUUGUUAUCCUUGGAUAUCACUGAAUGUAUCUGUGGUUUAAUAUUUGUUAAAGAUAAAUUUAUCGCCAAAAUAUUGUACCACCUAUUGAACGAGUUACGAAAAUCUGACGAAGACUUUUGGUGGUUAGCGCCUCAGUACACAGUCUGCAAAUCGGCUGAUCCAGUGAAGGAGCCGCAAGAAGCAGACUUAGAGCAUCAGAAGCAAGAAGAAGUCCUGAAAAGAUUUCGCAUGAGAGAUUGCAACGUUCUUAUAGGCACAGCCGUCCUAGAGGAAGGAAUGGACCUACCAAAGUGUAACCUGGUCAUUCGAUUUGAUCCUCCUGACAAGUACAAAUCAUAUGCACUCUCCCGAUGCAGAGCCCGUGCACCUGAUUCUUCCUACAUUCUUCUUGUAGACCACCAGAUCUCAAAAAGUUUCAUCCAAAGUGUUGCCCAUUAUACUGAAAUUGACAAUAUGUUGCUAAAUCGGUGUGCAAAUUUUGAACCCACUGAUGCAGAAGAAAAAGAAGCCGACUCAUACAAUGACGCUAUUCUUUGUUAUCAACCGAUACCAGGAGAGGACUUACCCUCUGUUUCCUUGAACACUGCCAUUGCUGUGAUCAACAGGUACUGUGCCAAACUACCUAGUGAUACCUUCACAAGACUAGUACCGCUAUGGAGUAUUAAAACUAUAGAAUUUGCUGGCAAGCUCAUGAGCUAUUGCAUUGUUCAGUUACCCAUCAAUUCACCGGUCAAGCACGAUAUUAUUGGCCAUCCAAUGCCAACGCCUGUUCUUGCUAGGCGAGUUGCUGCCCUGGAAGCUUGCAGAGUUCUUCACCAAGCUGGGGAAUUAGACAACUGUCUUCAACCUAUUGGGAAAGAAAGUUUCAGACUUCUGGAGAACACUGAGUUUGAGGAACCUCCAGAUGAAGUUGACCAAAGUAUCCCUUGGGACUCCUUGGAGCCAAGACCUGGAACCACCAAACGGAGACAGUAUUACUACAAACGGAUUGCUUCUGUAUUCAAUUACUGUCGACCAGGAGUUGGUGACAACGCACUUCUGUAUUUUAUCAGUAUGACUCUGACCUGUCCUAUCCCAGAGGAGCAAAACACAAGAGGAAGGAAGUUGCACCCACCUGAAAAUUCUCCCCAGGGUUUUGGAAUUUUGACUUUGAAACCCAUUCCAAAGAUCUGCUCCUUUCCAAUUUUCACCCGUUGCGGUGAGGUAGAAAUCAAGUUGAAACUAUGUCCUGGUUACAUCCAUUUGAAUGAGGAGCAGCUAAAUAAAAUCACCACUUUCAUACAUUACACUUUUACAAAUGUUUUGAGACUGCAGAAAUAUCUGAUGAUGUUUGAUCCAGGAGCCUCAGAAAACUCAUUUUUCAUCGUCCCAACAAAGAAAGCAGAUGGUAGUGGCAUUGACUCAGUGCACAUCGAUUGGGACUUCUUGGAUAUCAUUUUACAACGAGGAAAUGAAAAACCACGUUUGAUACCUGAGGAGGAAAGGAUUUCAUUCAAAUUCAAUGAGCAGUUGUACGCAGAUGCUGUUGUUACCCCUUGGUAUAGAAAUCAAGACCAACCUCAAUAUUUCUAUGCCGCAGAAAUAUGCUUCCAAUUAAAUCCUAGAUCUUUGUUCCCUGGAUCAGACUACAAAACUUUUGAGGAGUAUUACAGAAGAAAGUAUGGUAUAAACAUUCAAAAUAAAGAACAGCCACUUCUAGACGUGGAUCAUACCUCUGCUCGCCUUAAUUUCCUGACGCCUAGGUAUGUUAAUCGGAAAGGAGUAGCAUUGCCCACUAGCAGCGAAGAAACUAAACGAGCAAAACGUGAGAAUCUUGAACAGAAGCAAAUCCUCAUUCCAGAACUAUGUAUGGUACAUCCAUUCCCUGCAUCUCUUUGGAGAAAAGCAGUUUCUUUACCAUGCAUUUUGUAUCGCAUUAAUGCUCUCCUUUUGGCUGAUGAGAUCCGAUCUUUAGUGGCCACAGAGAUAUCGCUAGGCUCUAGAGAUCUUUCGCCAGAUUUUGAGUGGCCUGCUUUGGAUUUUGGAUGGCGACUGUCUGAUGUUCUGAAGAAGUCACUAGAGGAAAAGUCAGGACGAGAUCUGAAGCCGUUGAAUGAUAAAGAAUGUAAUGAGCCCUGCAACGAAUUGCUCUCUCAAGAAAUGAGAAACAAUGGCUUGGAGGAGAAAGAAUCGUGUAAUGGGUCUGAAAAUGACCAGAAAAUACUUGAAGGGGAGGCAGCAACCAAAAAUGGAGAGAACAAAGAAUUCAGUGCAGAUGAGCCAAAGGAAGACUCUGAAAAGGCAGAAGCUGAGGAGGAGAAUGGAAAAGGAUCGAGUGAUGAAGACAGUGGAGGGUGGAAUGUUGAAAUCGGAACUUGGUCCAAUGACAUGGCAGGAGAAUUUGGUCUUCCAGAUAACAUUACCAUGAUUCGUUAUGGGUCCCCGACCAGCUGGCUUUGCAAAGGAAGAAGCAAAGAGGGAAUGAAUCUAACCGAUGACAUGGACUCAGGAGAUGACAGCAAUAGCAUGGCCGAUUCCUUGCCUGACAUGCUGAUGGGGGCAACCACUGAUGAUGAUGACAAUGAUGAGAACAAUAAAGGUUUGAAGAUAGAGUUCAAAAAUGACUACCUGGCUGAAGCCCUAGAAACUGAUGACCAUUUUGUUGAUAUGAAAGCUGUAACUCAUGAGUCCGAGUGGAAAUGGGACUUUGACACCGGUGACAACGAUGUGGAUGUAUUGACAGAGAUCAACAGAUUUGAGGAAGCAACAGCAGAAAACAUAUUGGAGAUUGAGUCCAGCGGCAUGUUUGUGAAGUUGGAUGAACCAGCUCAUAUUUUUCGACCUUUAAACAAGCAACUCUGGAGCCAAAAAGCAUUGACCGGGGCCAAUGAUUUUCCUGUUGAUGAACAGAAAGCACCAAAAACUGAGAAUAUCAUUCCUCACAUUUCUGGCUCUACACUGGAAAAUAGUUAUCAAAGUAGCUCAGUGAAUAAUUAUUGCACGAUUAAAAACCUGGAUGAAAGAACCCCUCAACCACUGACAGUUUCAGCAUGUGUUGUGGACAGCUCACUGCCUGCCAAGCAGACAGAGAGCUCAUCAUCAGUGAAGAAGUUACCAUUUAUUUUAGGUCCUGAAACAGGAUAUGGUAUGCCACAAGAGAUAGCGGAGAAGCUCCAAAAAGAAUCCUGUCCACCAAAUCCUUGUCCAUCUCCUCGGGAUUAUGAGGCAGGAGACGACUCAGGAUCUCUAUCUGAAUCAUCAGAUGCUUUAGACUUCAGUUUUGACCUGCAACCAGACCUAGACAAUAUUCCAGGACCAAAUCCAAGUUUAUUAUUGCAAGCUUUAACUAUGUCCAAUGCUAAUGAUGGUAUCAAUCUUGAGCGGUUGGAAACAAUUGGUGAUUCAUUUUUGAAGUACGCAAUCACCGUUUACCUGUACUGUACUUAUGAAAACAUCCAUGAGGGAAAACUGAGUCAUCUGAGGUCAAAACAAGUUAGUAAUUUGAAUUUGUAUCGAUUAGGAAAACGGAAAGUAUUCGGCGAGAGUAUGAUAGCAACUAAGUUUGAGCCACAUGAUAACUGGCUUCCUCCAUGCUAUUAUGUACCUCGAGAACUGGAACAAGCUUUGAUAGAAGUAGGAAUGCCGGCUAGUUCAUGGAAUCAAGCAGAUCUCCCGGCUCUCAGGGACAUGUCGCCGGACAAAAUCAGAGAAGUCGUUCAAGAACAACUGGUGAACACAUUAACUUGUCUUGACUCUAUACCGUUGGAUAGGUUGCCUUGUUUCGUACCUUACAAUCUCAUUACACAACACAGUAUACCAGAUAAAAGCAUUGCAGAUUGUGUUGAAGCCCUUAUAGGUGCAUAUUUAAUUGCUUGUGGUCCAAGAGGAGCAUUACUUUUUAUGUCCUGGCUUGGGAUCCGAGUGUUACCAUGGAAAGAAGUCGAGUGCAUAAAUCCUGAGCAAUCAGUGAACCAUGUUGGGUGCAUGCUAAACAAAGAUAACAAAAUGGUUGAAUACACGGACAUAAAACAACCAAGUUCACCAUUAAUCCGCAAUCUUCCAAAUGCUAAUGCAGAAAUGAAUAAAUUACUGGAUGGUUUUGAUGUGUUUGAAAGGAACAUUCAUUAUCGCUUCUCUGAUCGUAGCUACCUUUUACAAGCAAUGACCCAUGCCUCAUAUUUUCCGAACCGAUUUACGGACUGUUACCAGCGUUUAGAAUUCUUGGGUGAUGCUGUUCUAGACUAUCUAAUCACAAGGCAUCUGUACGAAGACAAGCACAGGCACUCGCCAGGAGAACUAACCGAUUUACGCUCAGCAUUGGUGAACAAUACAAUUUUUGCCUCUCUAGCUGUAAGACACGGUUUUCACAAAUUUUUCCUGCAUCUUUCACCUGGUCUUGCCGAAGUUGUUGAAAGAUUUGUUCGGAUCCAGGAAGAGAAUGGACAUGCUAUCAAUGAAGAAUAUUAUUUGAUUGGAGAGGAAGAAUGUGAAGAAGUUGAGGAUGUGGAGGUACCAAAAGCCUUGGGUGAUGUUUUUGAAUCAGUUGCUGGAGCUGUGUAUCUGGACAGCAGUAUGUCUUUAGAUAAAGUGUGGGAAAUCUACUUCCGCAUGAUGAAAUCGGAGAUUGAACGAUUCAGCACAAAUGUUCCAAAGUCACCCAUUAGAGAAUUACUUGAACUUGAACCAGAAACAGCCAAAUUCAGUAAACCAGAAAAGUUGACUGAUGGGCGACGAGUACGAGUAACUGUGGAAGUCUUUGGAAAAGGUGCCUUCAAAGGCAUUGGACGAAAUUAUCGUAUCGCUAAGUGCACUGCUGCAAAAUGUGCCUUACGACAAUUGAAGAAAAAAGGUCUUCUAUCUCGAAAAGUGAAUUGUAUGAAUUUACCAAACCAUUCUCUUCCAUGAAACAUGUCACUUAACCAUGGAACCUUUUCUUCAUGUCAAACUAACCCAUAUCUUUCCCUGACUUCACUUGUCUGUUCACUUGUCGGAUUUUUUUCUUUUUUUCUAUCAUUGUUUCCGUGUAAUUUUCUGUUUCAUUUUUAUUAAGAUUUUGUUUUAAUAUAUUUUAGAUGUUGUGCUCUCAUAA